AUGCCUACAAACAACAGCAACGUCAAAGUAGAGGGUCACUCUGCACGACACACAGAUAGAUUGAUCCCCAUACAGAUGCAAUCGGCAAAGGUAAUAGAUCCAAUAAGGUCCAGAACCGCAUCCUUACCAGUCAACGCAACAACAGCAGCAUCGUCACCUUCUGUUCAGCCUCCACCACCCUCUUCCACUUCUUCAUCAGUGGCUCCAAACGAAGAUUCAAAUUUAAGGAUCGCUCAGGCUUGUGAUAGAUGCAGAUCGAAAAAGACAAGAUGUGAUGGGAAGAGACCGCAAUGUUCUCAAUGUGCCAUUGUCGGGUUCGAAUGUAAAAUCAGUGAUAAAUUACAAAGAAAAUCUUUCCCCCGUGGCUAUACGGAAACAUUAGAAGAAAAAGUAAGAGAAUUGGAAAAUGAAAAUAGAAGAUUAUUAGCCAUUUGCCAAUUUAAUAAAUUACAGUCACAAAAAAACGAUACAAUAGAUAAUUCUACAACACAAGAAGAAGUUUAUUCAAUUAGAUCAAAUUCCGCAUCUUCAACGGCAAUUGAAACAGAUUCAAAUAUAACAACUUGCUUGGAUACAAAUUGUAAUAAUGAUACUCAUAAUCAUUUACAUAUGAAACCUGUAUCCACAAAACCACCACAAAAUAUUAUUUCAUUUGAACAAAAUGAAGCUCCAGGGUUAAGCGCCGUGAAGGCUUUAAAAUCAAUGGCAAAUCAUGAACAAAGUACUCAGUUGGCUACUUUGGUUGCCUUGGCAAUACCAAGAUCCACAGAUGAAAUCCUUUUCAUACCUCAAUUAUUAUCAAAGAUAAGGCAAAAUUUCGGUUUCACAUCAAAACAUUGUCUUUAUACUGUAUCAUUAUUAUCUUCAUUAAAACCAAAUUUACCACCACCAAAGAUGAUUGCAAAUAACCUAGAAAUGACAAAAAAAUUAUUAAACCAAUUGAAAAUAACAAAUCUUUGGAAAUUUGAUGACCUUUCACAAUUUAUUAAUCAAUACUUGAAAUUGGAUCCAUUAAAUCAAAAAAAUUCAAAUGAUUUAUUAAAUCAAAUUGAAAUGGAUGAAUUAAUAAAUUUUUUCUUCCAAGAUUGGAAUGAUAUAAUACCAAUAAUAAAUAAAGAAGAAUUUUUAUCAAAUUAUAAUGCCUUUAAAUUGGAUUUAAAAAAUUCUGAAAGGGAUAAAUUAUCAUCAAAUUUGAAAAUGAAUUAUAAAAUUUUUGGUUGUAUCUUGGUAUUGAUGUGCCAAAUGGGUCUCUUAACAAAGAUAAAGGCAACAAAUGGUAAAUCAUCACCAAAUAUUCAUUUAAAAUCAAUAAUGGCAUAUUAUCAUCAAUUAAUUGCCAAUUUACCCAUUAAUAAUUUCUUCCAAAUUGCAACAAUUUCCAUACCACAAUUGAAACUUUAUGUGUUGAUCUUAUUUUAUAAUUUAAAUGUGGGAGACAUUUCUGCCAUUUAUGAAUUAAGAGGAAGAAUUAUUUCCAUGUCACAACAAUUAAGAUUACAUCGUUGUCCCAGUGCUGUACUUAGUGGUUCAUCACUAACAAUGAAUAAAUUAGAUCAAAGUAAUAGAAGAAUUUUAUUUUGGACAAUUUAUUCAUUAGAUGCUUUGUCUUCUUUACAAUUAGGUGUCCCAAGAUUAUUAAAGGAUUAUGAAAUUGAAUGUGCAUUGCCAAUAACAAUGGAAGAUAAAGAAAGGGAUAAGACCAAGAUUAAAUUGGAAGGUACUGUGUCACCAUUUUCAUUAGCCAUUUUCAGAUUUUCAAAGAUAUUGGGGAAUAUUUUAGAUAUGAUCUUUAAAAGAAAUAUGACAGAAUCAAUGACCAAAUCUGUAUCCUUAAUUCAUGAAAAUGCUUUGGAUCAAUGGAGAUAUGAUUUGCCUGAAGAUUUAACUUUUAAAUUAAAUAUUCAAGGUUCCAUUGAUUUAAAUGUGAUGCACCAGGGAAAUUCCACACCAGGGAAGAAGAAUUUAAUCUUAAUGUUUUUCUAUUUCUUUGCUGUAUCCAUGAUUCAUUUACCUGUUGUGGCAGCAAGACCAUUGGAUGUUAAAAAUGCGAUGCCAGAUAGAUCUUCAUCCUCUUAUAUUGCCCUACAACAUGCCAUUAAUACAAUGUUAAAUGUGUUGGAACUAUUAAACAAUCAACCAAAAAAUUAUUAUUUGCCCGUCCCAAUUAAUAUGUCAAGAUUACAAAUAAGAUCAGCAUUAAUUAGUUCAAGAGGAAUGUUAGAUUAUAUUAAAGGUGGUGCUCUUUUCCUGGAUAAUAAAACUUUACUGUUACAAGUAAUUAAGAAUUUAGAAAGGGAUAGAACUUUAGAUUUACCUGGUGUCGUUUCAUGGCAUAGCUUAAAAUUAUUUGAUUUAACCAUAACACUUUUCAUUCAAAAUUCAAACAUUAAAUUGGAAAAAUUAGACAAGAUAUUAGAGAAAAAAUCAAAUUAUUAUAAUAAAUUAAUGGGUAAACCAACAUCAAAUAAUACCAAUAAUAAUAUUUCAAGUAAAAAGAGGAAACAAGAAACUAUAGAAAUAUCAACACCAUCUCCAACUUCACCACCAUUGAAAAAAAUGUCUAAAAAAUCAAAAAGCCCCAUUUUACAAUCAACAAUAUUACCAUCACAAACAUUACAAAAUUAUAAUAAUAAUAUUCAAAAUCAAUUGGCUGAUGCAUUACAAUUUGAUCCAAUUUUAAACUCAAAUUCUUAUAAUUUUAGUAACUUUGACUUAUCCAACUAUUUCCAACCAAAUGAAAAUGAAAAAACUGUACAACUACCAAAACUCACUACCAAUAAUAAUGUCACCAAUGAGGACCCUACAAAAUAUAAAGAACUUUUCAAUCCAACAGCUGUAACUGGAACAUCAUUAUUAAACCUUUCAACAUUGGCUAGUCCGGGAACUUCAACAGGCCUCACCACCACCAGCGACAAUAAUAAUAUAUUAACAAAGGGCAAUAAUAAUAAUAAUAAUAAUACCAAUACUGUAUUUUUAAAUAAUAGGGACAAUAACAGCACAGAUAACCUAUCUACGAUGAUGAUGUUAGUCAAUAAUGAAAUUCCUUUCUCCAAUUUGAAUUUAUCUGAAUUAUGGAAUAAUAAAUUGUCCACAGAAGACAAGGAUAAACAAGGACAAGAACAAAACCAACCUCGAAAUACAAAUGAUGAUGUGGGUAUGACAAAUUCAAAUUACGGUUAUUUUGUAGAUGCAUCAUUGGGGUUAGCACCAUUAUUAGAAUUAGCAAAUAAUGAUAAUAACAAUUUCAUACUAGAUGAUGAAUCAAAGACAAUAUCACAUAGUAGCAAGACACCAGAAUCAAUAUUAAAGGACGAAGACCCAGUGAUACAUCAUAAUAACUUACUUUUCAAUCAGUUGAACACAUCUAAUGAAAAACCAAGGCAUCUUCAAACUGAACCCAAUUAUCCACCAAAGGGAAAACUGAAUCAAAAAACACCCUUUGCAAGGAAAAAGGAAAACAUUGACGAAUUAUUCAAUUGGCACAAUACGAAAUAA